AUGACGGAGGAUGGCUCUUCAGCCGGUUACCUGCAGUGCUUCCAGGGCCUUGCAGCACUUGCCUUGGGCCGGAGGGAAGCGGAGAGGCCGGCCGUUGCCAGGAGCAAGUCCAGUGAAGACUUGCUCGCCUUGCUGCCGUCUCCGGAGGUCACAACAACCGUUCUGGACUUCUUGCAGCCUUCUGUCCUUGGGAUCCUGGCUGGAGCUUGCAGCUCAUGCCGUCUCCUUGCGGACUCAGAGGCGGUAUGGCACAAGGCCUGUGUCCGAACUUGGGCCAGCAAACAGCAUUCGGCAAGGAUGAGGUCGUGGCUAGCUGAAUCUGGCCCAGAAAAGGCAAGCAGUGAUAGCUGCGCACGCUCAGAGGAGGAGAGCUGGAAGGCCCGAUACGUCUUCGCGCUGAAAGACCGUCAUCGCUGCCGCAUUCUUCCGGAGGAGCUAUGUUGGGAUUCUGGGCGUGAUGAGAUGGGCAGGCCUUUGCCGCGGCGCUGGCAUCUCAAGAUGCACCUGGGUCGCUGGGUUGACAAGGAGGUCAUCUUUAGCCCUGGUGGAGGAUCCUUCGCUGACUUCGACUUCCGAGUGCUGAACUUCCGUGUCUUCCAGGAGCUGCCUUGGAGACCUCAUCCAGGUACCGAUGGUCCUUGGGAAGACAGUGGCCCUGGCUUUGUGGGCCAAGAGCCCGAGGCAGACGAGGAGGAUGAUGAAGACGACGUGGAGGAGGACUCACCCGAUGAGGGAGAGGAUGACGAGGACGAAGAGGAGCCAGAUGAGACGCAGCUGCUCUCCGAGACGGAGGAAGGCCAGGACAGUGCCUCGGAAGCGUCACCUCGGGCCCCACGCAACGAGGCCGAGGACUUCGAAGACUUGCCGGACAGUGACAGCAGCAUCCAUACCAGCCAGAGCAGACCACGCCGGCGCAUCCUUGGAUCGCCCGCGGCACAGUCUUCGCUGCCACCCCUGGCCUCGUUGCCCACACCUACACUCAUGGACAUGGAUCUCAGCUUCAACCGGAGCUUCGGCCGAGACAGGGACCGGCCCCUUCUGCGGCACACACUGGCCCCUCGACGCCUGCGCUACCAUCACUAUGCUCAUGUCAGAUACAUAUUCACCGCGCUGUUGAGAACACCAUCCUCUUUAUUUAGAUUGGCAUGGUUGUGA